UGAAAACAAGAAAGAAUUAUUUAUAAAUAGAAGAUGGUUUAGAUUCACCUCUACACACUACCAAAAAAAGAAAAAACAUCACUCCACAUAUAAUUAUUAUUGUUAUUUUAUCUUUUAGCUAGCUACACAAAAAUGGCCGGAAACAUCGGAAAAAGGUGGAGAGCUCUUAGCGGUGAGGGAGAGUGGGAGGGUCUUCUUGACCCUCUCGACUCUGACCUCCGCCGCUACAUAAUUCAUUACGGAGAGAGGGUCCAGGCUGUGGUGGAUUCCUUCAUUGAAGAGUCCAAAUCGGAUAACUACGGCCUUUGUAGGUACUCCAUGAGAAACCUCUUCUCAAAGGUUGGGUUAGAGAGUGGGAAUAAUCCUUUCAAGUAUGAGGUGAAGAAGUACGUCUACGCCUCCACUGCAUUCAUGGGUACAUCUUCGCCUCCCAACGCGGUGGCGGGCAACUCAGAGUGGCUGGGGUUUGUGGCUGUGACGACUGAUGAAGGAAAGGAGGUGUUGGGGAGAAGGGAUAUUUUGGUGUCGCUUAGGGGAACGAUGCCAGAGAUUGAGUAUGGUAUUGAUGCCAAAUGUAAUUUAGUUUCUGCUUCGCAGAUACUUGGAAGCAAGAAUGAUCCUAAGGUGCAUGAAGGUUUUUACUUGUAUUACACUUCUUCUGAACCUGGUUCUACUUACAAUUCCAACAGCUGCAGAGACCAGAUUCUGGGUGAGAUUAGAGAGUUGGUAGAUGAAUACAAGGAUGAAGAAGUGAGUAUUACCUUCACCGGACACAGCAUGGGCGCAGCAAUAGCCACUCUUGCCGCCACUGAUGUUGUAUACAAUGACUAUAACAAGCCGACGGGAAACCUUGAGAAGGCCUUCCCGGUCACGGCCAUUGUUCUAGCCAGUCCGCGCUUUGGAAACCAUGGUUUCAAGGCCACCUUCUCCAACCUCCACAACCUUCACGUCCUGCGCGUGACAAAUAAGUGUGACCUCGUCCCUCACUCGCCACUGCCAGGAAUUUUUCGCGACUACGUCGAAGUCGGACAGGAGCUUGUCAUCGACACCUUUUUGUCGCCGUACUUGAAAGAAGCCAAAAGAAUCGUACACCAGCUUGAGGUUUACUUGCAUGGCGUUGCCGGAACCCAAGGCAGUGCUGGAGGGUUCAAGUUGGAAGUGGAUCGUGAUAUCAAACUAGUGAAUAAGAGAUUGGAUGGUUUGAAGGAUGAAUUACUCGUGACGAGCUUAUGGGGGGUCGAGAAAAACAAGGGUAUGAUUCAGUUGGAUGAUGGGUCUUGGGUGCUCAUGGAUCGUGAGAUGGAUGACCAGAACCAUGGAUUCAAGCCCUAGCUAGCUAGCUACCUAGCUACGUCAUUGUUAUGGUUUACAUCCCAAAAAUUAAUAUAUAAUAUUUGAUGCUUUAUUAUCUAUUGUGUGUGGCAUUCUGCAUUUCUUUAAUUCAGCUUAUGUAUUUUGUGAGACUACUUUUAUAUUAAUAAAUCAUUGUAUUAAUAUUA